AUGGAAUCUAGUACAAACCCAGAUCCCGCUGCAUUGGCCCUACAAAUUCAGUCACUAUCAGCCACUGUGGAAGAACUCACCAGACAGAACCAAGAGAUGAAGCAACAGUUGCUACAGGAAAGUAAUCGUGCAGACAGGGGCGACAACGAAGACAGCAACAGAAGGCGAACCAGCACUCUGAAAGAGGCAAGUUCGGAUCUCUUAAGAGAGAUGAGGAAAGAGAUGGACGAACUGAGGAACACCAUCAAAGGAAAAACGGACCAAAGCUUGGAGAGGAUCGUCCGGAAGACGGGCUCACCUUUUACCAUGGCCGUCCAGGAGUGCCCAGUACCCUCCAAGUUCCCUCUACCCCAGCUAGAACCCUUCGACGGGCCGAAAGAUCCCUUGGAUCACCUGAAUACCUUCAAGACGACCCUAGGCCUUCAACAGCCACCUAAUGAGAUUUUGUGUCGCUCCUUCCCUACAACUCUCAAAGGAGCAGCUAGGGAGUGGUUCAACAAGUUGCCAACAUCGUCCAUUGAUAACUUCGAACAGUUAAGUAGUUCCUUUGUUCGUCAUUUCAUAGGCGGGCAGCGUCCAAAAAAGACUGUCGACCAUCUGCUUACCAUCAGACAAAGAGAGAAGGAACCAUUGAGGUCUUAUGUGACACGUUUCACCCAAGGAAUGCUAGAAGUAGACGAGGCGGAUGACAAGGUACAUCUCACGACCUUCAAAGUAGGGUUGAAGUCCAGAGAUUUUGUGGCAUCUUUAGCAAAGAACCCCCCAAAGACAAUGGCCGAAGCAUUGUUGAAAGCACAGAAGUACAUGAACACGGAAGAAGCCCUAACAGCCAUUGAUGGAGCAGAAAAGAAGAAGGAAAAUGAGGACGAUCGACGAGGGCAAAAGAGGGAUCGGGCUGAUCGACGGAAUGACGAUGGAAAUAGGCGGAAGGAGGACAAGAACCCUCGUCCAGCGAAAUUCACACCGCUGAUGAUGCCCGUUGACCAGAUUCUAACGGAGAUAAGGGACGAACCGUCUCUCAAGUGGCCAAGACCACUCCAUUCAGCGCCUGGUUUGCGCGACAAGAGGAAAUACUGCCGCUUCCACAAAGAUCAUGGGCAUUACACGAAGGAUUGCAGGGACCUGAAAGAGCAGAUUGAAGAGCUCAUCCGUAAUGGGAAACUACAACAGUAUAUAAAAAUGGGAGAUUCCAGCAGGUACGGACAGAAAAGCCAGCAAGUUAGGAGAGACGAAGACCGCCCCCAACCUCGUCCACAAAUCGCACUAGGGGAGAUAAAAACUAUCGUCGGAGGACCAACCACUGGGGGAUCAUUCAAAUCCCUCAGGAAAUCAUACCAAAGGCAGGUAAACAGUGUCCACAGUAUACCCCCGUUGAAGCAAAGACGAACCAAUGGAGACUUGUAUUUCUCCGAAGAAGAUGCCGGAAGUGUAAAGCAACCUCAUGAUGACCCACUCGUCAUUAUGAUCAUGAUCGAAGGGUUCAAUACGCGAAGAGUCCUGGUCGACAAUGGAAGCUCAGCCGAUAUAAUCUAUCUUCCUGCCUUCCAGCAACUAAAACUAGACCCAAAAAGGCUCCGUCCUUUUGAGUCUCCCCUCGUCAGUUUCAGCUGA